CCCGGAGCGGGAAGAUGGCGGCGGCGCAGGAGGCGGACGGGGCCGGCAGCGCCGUGGUGGCGGCCGGGGGAGGCGGCUCCGGUCAGGUGACCAGCAAUGGCAGCAUCGGGAGGGACCCGCCGGCGGAGACCCAGCCCCAGAACCCGCCCCCCCAGCCUGCACCCAACGCCUGGCAGGUCAUCAAAGGUGUGCUGUUCAGGAUCUUCAUCAUCUGGGCCAUCAGCAGCUGGUUCCGCCGAGGGCCGGCCCCUCAGGACCAGGCGGGCCCUGGAGGAGCCCCGCGCGUCGCCAGCCGCAACCUGUUCCCCAAAGACACUUUAAUGAACCUGCACGUGUACAUCUCGGAGCACGAGCACUUUACAGACUUCAACGCCACCUCGGCUCUCUUCUGGGAGCAGCACGACCUCGUGUACGGCGACUGGACGAGCGGCGAGAACUCGGACGGCUGCUACGAGCACUUCGCAGAGCUGGACAUCCCGCAGAGCGUCCAGCAGAACGGCUCCAUCUACAUCCACGUCUACUUCACCAAGAGUGGCUUCCACCCAGACCCCCGGCAGAAGGCGCUGUACCGCCGGCUCGCCACGGUCCACAUGUCCCGGAUGAUUAAUAAAUACAAGCGCAGGCGGUUUCAGAAAACCAAGAACCUGCUGACGGGAGAGACAGAAGCUGACCCAGAAAUGAUCAAGAGAGCCGAGGACUAUGGGCCCGUGGAGGUGAUCUCCCACUGGCACCCCAACAUCACCAUCAACAUCGUGGAUGACCACACACCGUGGGUGAAGGGCAGCGUGCCCCCACCCCUGGACCAGUACGUGAAGUUCGACGCCGUGAGCGGCGACUACUACCCCAUCAUCUACUUCAACGACUACUGGAACCUGCAGAAGGACUACUACCCCAUCAACGAGAGCCUGGCCAGCCUGCCGCUGCGCGUCUCCUUCUGCCCGCUCUCGCUCUGGCGCUGGCAGCUCUACGCUGCCCAGAGCACCAGGUCGCCCUGGAACUUCCUGGGUGACGAGCUCUACGAGCAGUCGGACGAGGAGCAGGACUCGGUGAAGGUGGCCCUCCUGGAGACCAACCCCUACCUGCUGGCGCUCACCAUCAUCGUCUCCAUCGUCCACAGUGUCUUUGAGUUCCUGGCAUUCAAGAACGAUAUCCAGUUCUGGAACAGUCGGCAGUCCCUGGAGGGCCUGUCCGUGCGCUCCGUCUUCUUCGGCGUCUUCCAGUCGCUGGUGGUCCUGCUCUACAUCCUGGACAACGAGACCAACUUCGUGGUCCAGGUCAGCGUCUUCAUCGGGGUCCUCAUCGACCUCUGGAAGAUCACCAAGGUCAUGGACGUCCGGCUGGACCGGGAGCACAGGGUGGCAGGAUUCUUACCCCGCCUGACCUUCAAAGACAAGUCCACGUACAUCGAGUCUUCAACCAAAGUGUAUGACGACAUGGCAUUCCGGUACCUGUCCUGGAUCCUCUUCCCGCUGCUGGGCUGCUACGCCGUCUACAGCCUCCUGUACCUGGAGCACAAGGGCUGGUACUCGUGGGUGCUCAGCAUGCUCUACGGCUUCCUGCUGACCUUCGGCUUCAUCACCAUGACGCCCCAGCUCUUCAUCAACUACAAGCUCAAGUCCGUGGCCCACCUGCCCUGGCGCAUGCUCACCUACAAGGCCCUCAACACCUUCAUCGACGACCUGUUCGCCUUCGUCAUCAAGAUGCCCGUCAUGUACCGGAUCGGCUGCCUGCGGGACGACGUGGUCUUCUUCAUCUACCUCUACCAGCGGUGGAUCUACCGCGUCGACCCCACCAGGGUGAACGAGUUCGGCAUGAGCGGGCAGGACGCCACGGCCGCCCCCACCCCCGCCCCCGCUGGCGAGGAGCCCCAGGAAGCCCCUGCGAAGCCAGCCCAGGACAAGAAGGAGGAUUAGACACCACGGUCCCCGCCCGCCCCGGCCCCUGGUGACAGCACCCGCCUCCCCGGCCUCCGCCCCCCCCCGCCGCCGCCCCCUUCCCGGACAGAUGGGGCCGGGGCCCAGGGCGCGCCGACGGUGGGGGCCGUCUGGCCGUCUAUCCUCUGUGUUCGCAGCCACCUCGCCCUGCCACAAUCAUGGGGAAGCCGACGGGGCGGUGCCGGGGUGGGCCGGGCGGGGGCGGGCUGGGGCCCCGCGGGGUGCCCUCGGCCCUCCAUCAUCUUGUCCCUGUCCCGAGCGCCCCUGCCCCCACACCGCCGCCCUUUAACAGUCUGGAUUUAAUAAAUUCAUAUGGGUGUUUAACUUAAA